UUCGGAGUGUGUAGUUGUUAUAGCUGACGGCCACUGCGAUCUUUCGUGUUUAGCUUCUGAUUUUUCUAGUGUAAGCACUUAUUUUUGGUGAGAUAAUCUAAUUUACAUCAAAAAUACCAACUGUUUGUGGCUGUACUGUGUCGUUUUAUUUACGGAUGUCGGUGUCCUUGCCGAAAAUAGCAGAUUUUGUGUGGCUGAGUGUUGUGAUAAGGGAGGAAGUGCAGAAUCGUUUUGGGAUUGGAGGUUUUUUUUCUUCACAUAUUUAAAACUCCUCUGGUAUAAUGAAAAGGGGUCGUGAGAAGAGUGUGAGGGGUAAACGGGCAAACUGGUGGCUGAAUAAUAUAAGUUGUGCAAGCGAAUGAAACCAGUAAAGAAAUCGAUGGGAGUAAUGCUAAAUUGGAGCAGGUGUGAUCAAAUCUGGCGAUAAAGUGUAUACAAGAUGUUCGGAUGAAACCGAUCGUGGGUAGAUUUCUUUGUGUUGACGAGAAAAGUUGCUGAAGAUAAUGGUGUAGAAAUAUUUAUGCCGAGGUAGUGUUUAUUUUGGGGGAAAAUCAUUGCUCUGUGCGAAUGAGAUGACGAAAACUAGAUUCAAGAGUGGUGGCAGAAACAGUCACUAUGUAAUAGAGUAAAAGUGAAAAAAGAUAUUUUCGUGUCAGCCAAAUAGUACGCAAAAUGCAGUGGAUUUUUGUGAAAACGAGUGACGAUAAUUUUAAGCUAUGGCGAUAGGCAACCCAUGAUUCUACGAUAAAAAGCUGCACCUAUCCACUGUUUAAAUGGCAGCACCGAAUGCUGAUGGAAUGCGUGGCAGCAUAUCUCCUGCUGUUGCGCCCAGCUUGGCUAUUCAGCAAAUGGCACACCACCAGCUGCCAUCGCAUUUGACCCAUCCACAGCAGCAGCACUCGAUACCGAAUCAUCACAUCCAACAAUUGCAGAAUCUAACUCAGCAGUCAGCGACGAUCGCAGCGCACCACCAUACCCAAUCCCAAAAUGCCAUACAUCACCACCAUCGGGUGGUGCAAAACCAACAUCCUGGCCAAUCCCUGCCAACAGGACAACAUCAUCCGCAGCAUGGGCUCCACCAGCAAGCCCAUGCAUCAAUGCAGCACAAAAUUUCCCAGUACAGUGGGAAUAUUCAUAAUUUAAUGUUCGCUUCCCCCGAAAAUCCUUCCACGGCAAGUGGUGAGACCAGUCUUGCCAGCAGUGCAACUGCAAGUGCUAGUGUUGUGAACAACGUGGUUGUAAAUAUAGCUAGUGUGAAUCAAUCCCCUAACAUUGCCACCAAAGAGAACGUGUCAUCUUUGGUAAGCAGUAAUAGCAAUGCUAUUACGAAUCGGCAAACCACAAGUGUAAGCCACAUUCCAGCGGAUAAUGUUCCAAGCGACGAUUCCAGUCCUGCCAACGUCGCAAGGACCAAUUCUGUAAGCCGUUCUAAUGUUGCACCGGGGUGGCGAAGAAUAAAGUACAAUAGUGAAGUUAUUUAUAUCAGCCCGUCUGGUGUGCCACUGCGGAACUUUAACCAGGUAAAGGAGUAUCUAUUGAGUGGCGGUACCUGCAAGUGUGGCUUACCAUGCCCAUUUCGCCCUGAUGUGUUCUUCGAGUUCGAUUCACAGGUUCCUAAUUCGACACUGGAUGGAAAGACCAACAUACCUAAUAAUUUCUGUCUGCAUCAUGCAAGGAUAAUGGAAAAAGUAGAAUUGACACGACGGGGGAAGAAGCUGGAUGUUAAUGUCAAAACCGGUGUUUUAGUGUCAGAAACGAACCCAACCAUCGGCAGUGUAGGGAGGUCAACGUUCCCGGCCAACACGCAUUUUAAUCAGAAAGUGCUCGGAGAUGAAGUUCCGACUGAAGCACCAGACGGAAUCUUAGCAGAUCCCCACAUACCAGCUCAACAGCACGACAGAGAGAUGAUCAGUAUUCCACUUUCGAAAACUCCGCCAUGGCGUAAGCACACUUCCACUUCAUCGAAUUCGGCAUCACUAGCAUCAGUUCCAGCGAACCAACGUCAAAUACAGUCUUCUUCAAGUUCAGUGCCAGUCAAAACUCCCGUACAAAGUGUAAAUCAAAACGAGCAGAUAGUCAAAAGUAGUAAUAUAACGAGUGAGCCAUCAAAUCAACCCGUUGCAUGCAUGACGGGGGAAAAUUCCAAACCGAAAUGUACAACCAAAAAACGACCUAAUUUCAAGGAUGAUCCGACAGGGUACUUGAAUCAACAAACAGCUAUUUUGCAUAGCUCAAUUUCCACCUUACACAGCCCUGAUGGGUCAUCUUCUUCUCAGGAAAGUCCUCAGCUUAAAGUGAUGAGUAGCUAUAACCCCUUGGAAGUAGGUGAUGCCCCAGAAUCUGUUAGAUUGAGAAUCGAAUGCCAGGCAGUUAACACAACUACCGCAACAUCGACUGCUGCACAAACAUUAACCCAAGUAUCCAACGGUAUGGUCCAGAUACAGCAGAACUGUGAUAUUAGUCAUAUGAAGCUUCAACAACAGUUGCAGUUUCAACAGCAACUGCAGCGACAAAAUCAGUUGGUACGGCAACAUAACGAGCAGCUUCAAUUGUUUCAGCAACAUCAACAAUCGAUUGCAGAUGAAGAGUCUUCUAAAGCGAAUACUCGUUUUGUAACAGUAGCUCAAGCUUCUCCGAUUUCUUCGAGUAGUAUUACGUUCAGUACUAGCCGGACACCCGAUGUCACUUCCACUUCUUCAAGCACACCAGAUUUGAAGGAUCCCGGAUACGGGGGAACAUUAUCAACUUCAAAUCGUAGCCCUUUGUUCAAUGUCAAUGUGGCUGGAAUACGUGCUGAAUCUCCUGAUGUUUAUUCCAGUAGGAGUCUCGUACAAAGUUCUUUCAGUAUCAGUCCUCAUAAGACACCAUGUGUUCGUAAUAGCGCCGUUGCUUUUGCUAGCAGCUCAUCGGUACCUCGUAAUACCAUUACAUCGGUACAGGCAAAUAGUAAACCUGUGACUGUCACUAGUACUAGUGUGGCUAAGAUAGCUAAAACUGGGCUACGAGAAACAGAAAACGAUACUCAGUCUACCAGUCAAGGAUCAAGGUUUGUGAAAUCGGAAAAACUUGUGGUGCACAAUUCUGCCCAUACAGGCGCGCAAAAUAUGAUCAACUUUACACAGCAUCAUUCACCACAAGGCCAAAUAAUGUCACAACCCCAGCAGGUUUUAAUGACUUCUAAUGGUCAGAUCAUUGUGAUGUCUUCUCAUACAAAUAAGCAUUCUGGUCAAAUUGUAGCGAGCAAUAACUUGAAUAGUUCCGGGUCGAAUUUGGGACAAAAUAUGAUAAUUCCGCAACAGACGGUUUUGAGUAAUAAUGCUUCUCAUUAUGUGAACGUAGCUGGAUCCCCGGCUGGCUCCAGUCCAGCAGGAAGUACUAUCAAUACUGUGUCAGCUAACACAAACGCAAACAACAGUGGAAUAAUGCAGAAUAUUACUCAACAUCAAGCGAAUAUCAUCCAUCAUUCGCAAUCAAAUGCAAAUUCCAACUUCUUGAUCAGCUCCCCAAAUAAUAUGCAAUCGACUGUGAUAUUGAAUAAUGGGAACGUAAUCCAAUCUGGACAACAGAUGCUAACGUCGAACAAUCCGCAAGUCAUGCAUUCAGGUAAUAUUAUUUCGACGGCGACUUCAUCAGCAAAUAUUGGCACGAAAAUGAUAUCAAAUGGGGGAAACUCUGGUAUAAUUACCAAUCAAUCCAAUAUUAACCAAUUAAUCAAUACCAAUAAUAGUGCAGUAACUACUAUGCAAACUGGCGCUGGGGUCGGUAUACCGCAACAGGUCAUGCUGAACAGUUUACCUCCGAACAGUAUUGUUAUACAACCUAAUUAUAAUUCCGCAUCAGAUGCGAUUGUGAAUCAAGUUGUCAAUCAAGACGGCACAACCACGUCGUACAUUCAACAGCAAAACCAACAAAGACCAAUACUCAUUUCACCAGAUUCUAAGAAGAGAGCGAAAAAACGAAAAAGUAGUGAUACAACAAAUAACCAGCUCUUAUCGCCUAACAGUCUUCUGCUUCAGCAACAACCUAAUCAUGUUGUAGGGCCUCAACAGCAAACGCAACAGGCGCAACAAACCAUUCAAUCUGUCAACCAAUCUGGUGCCAUGCUGCAAAUCACUCCACAGUACCAAACACAGAGUUACCAGCUGAGCCCGGGAAUAUCUGGUCUAACAAUAGUUCCACAGAAAACCCAACAACAGCCGCAACAGCAGCAACAGAUUCUUUUGCAAAAUGGUCAAAUCAUUACGCAGCCCUACAAUAUUAUAAGCCAACAAGUGCUACUUCCAGCAGGUUUCGUUAUGGCUCCCGAUACCACAUUGGUUCAGAUUCAAAACGUUGCUACACCUUGCGGCAGCAUUAUAACCACUCCCCAGGGAAUGAUAAUUCGAGCGCAUAGUCCCCACCAACAGAAAAGUUUUCUUUCGCCUAAUACUGGUCAACAGUAUAUUGUAAACAACAAUGGCCAGGUUAGUCCAAUGGGUGCGCAAAUUUACGGUGGACCGGUUAACAUCGUUGUUCCGCAACAGCAGGCUGGACCUGCUGCUUCAUUCGUUCAACAGAAUACAACUCUAGUUCAACAGCAUCCACAGCAACACAUCGUACAACAGUCAGUUCAGAUCGCUGCUGCACUAAACACUAGCACAGAUAGUAGUAGUACGACUAGCAGUACAAAUGAUAGCCCUUCACUACCAUCAACACCUCAGCCUCCGAUGCAACAGAAAAGUCUUUCAACGUACCUUUCCGGAACAGCAUCCCCUCCGGAUACAACCACGCAUAGCCCGAACAGCCCCGACUGUGCAUCCAGCGAGAAAAGUGUUGGAAGUGCGGACAGUGUCAACAUGGCUAUGGUACAGUGCGUUUCUAGUUCGGAACCAGAUCUUAUUGCUGAUGGGGCCCAGUCGCCAUCGGAUUCAACCGAAUACUUCGAACAAGGAGGAGUCUCAUAUCAACGUAUUGCCUAUAAGCCGUCAAAAAUUAGGCGUAUGCAAACGAUUCAGCAGCCAUCACACAUGCACAGUGAUUAUGCAAAUAGUGACACAACUAACAGAAACGGCGGCGUUAAUAGCAAUACAAGUACUAGUCUGCCGCAGUCAACGCACCAGCAUAAUCACUCUACUCUGCAGAAUCAACAACAGUCGCGUCAUGAAACAGGGUUAUUGUCACACGGAAGUUCGCCGGCGCAAAUCGCCCAACCUGAUUCACACGACUCAACAACGCAAGUUUCGGCACAAGAAAGUUCAGCUCCCUGUCAAAGGGCGCUGGUAUCUCCCUCCGCCACAAAUAGUUCCGGGCCUACACGGUCAUUCAACGUUGGUGAGUUGGUCUGGGGAGCCGUUCGUGGCUUUCCAGCGUGGCCUGGCAAAGUGAUUAAACCACCGGAAGAUGGACGAACGAUCCCUAUCGAUUGUGUGUGGGUUCUUUGGUUUGGUGGCCGACCAAAUGCAGAAAUGGUAGCCGUAAACGGACUGAAAAGCUUAUCUGAGGGCCUUGAAGCUCAUCAUCGAGCACAGAAGGAUGCUAGAAAGGGACGAAAACUAAAUUCUCAGUUAGAACGUGCCAUCCAGGAGGCGAUGAUGGAAUUGGAUAGAGCUGGAUGUACACCCUCACCAUCACCGCAGCCAUCAUUUGGAGCUAACCCAAACGAUUCUGUUGCCACAACUCAAACUAUCACUUUAAAAGCUUCGCCUACAAACAAUACAGUUUUGUCGAGUAAUGCCAGCAUAAUAACAACGUUACCUACAAGUAGGGUGGCAAAAUCAUGCCGAGGGGCAAAAUCAAAACUCGUAAAAAUUGCUCCAGCGCCACCUGCAACCGUUGAGAUAAGUACGACAUCGGCAAAUAUUAGUAGUUCAAAUAUUUCCGUAGUAAACCGCACAAAAAUGAAAUGAAAUGAAGUAACGGUACGUUUCAGUGAAAGCUCUGGAUAUUUAAGCUUCCAAUCUUUUAUGAGCAGUGAAAGCUAAGCACCAAGUGCUGCCAUCUAGGUCUCAGUUUUUACUUUAACAUGCAUUUUAUAACAAUCGACAUCUUUUAUGGCAGGGUCUGUAAAGCAGGAUUGGUAGAAAACAAUGUCGACCGUGGGUUGUCGAUAGGGCGCUCGUGACAUGUUCGACUUGAUUUCAAUGAAUGUUGAAUUAAUAUUUUUUUUUCUUAAUUUUUUUUUCUUAUCCGGUUUUUGAUAAAAUAUUUACUUAUCGAGACAAAGUUUCUCGGCUACAAACGCUUCAUCGAUGUCGAGAAUCCGAUCAGUUUCUUGCGUAGUUUUGCCAAUUCACGGUCGAUUUAGUUAAAACGCUCACUACAAUAAAGGAACAAUGAAUUUUACACACGCAUCCCAACAGACAAUAAACAAGAAUAAUGCCCAUUCAUCCCAGAACAGUUUUCAUUAUUGAGACGAAUCAAAGCAAGUUUUUAUCGCAGUAUGACAUGCCGAUGUUUUAACACAUUAACGUAGACCAACUAUACACGAUAACAGUCUAUGAAUGUUAAUCUAUAGUAAGGGUGCGAUCCCAACAGUUAGCUUCUAUAUCAAAUUACAAGUACUUGUAUAAAUGAACGUGAUAUUAUGUACUCUUUAUACGCCUAUGCUGUUUGUUUCAUAACUUGAAUAAUCUUAUUUCAUUUUUGACUUGUUUUCACAUCUUUGUCGAGUACAAUUGCUAUCAUUUUUUGCUUUAGUUUUUGCACUGUUUGCAAAUUAGAAUGUAUAAUUAGUAUCACAAAGUUUUUUUUUGUUUUUUGGUAAGAAGAGAGAAGGAUUAAUCGAAAAUUGGAUAUGGAGAUCGUUGAUCGAUUUGCAGGGUUUAAGUUGCUCAGGAUCAAUUCACUUGCGUUACUUUUGUGAUGCUAAUGCGUAUCAUGAAGUUGAUGAGGAUGCUGAGGAUAAUGAUGAUGAUGAUGAUUAUGUCAGUUAGAUUAAGCGUUGUUAUGAUAGUGUUGGUUUUUUAGUUACAACUCUGCUGGUGUAUAAAGAUAAAGUAAAUUGAACAUAUGUUAUCUAAAUUAUUGAACUAGGUUUUAAAGUAGCGAAAUAAGCGGAUUGAUGUACAUUAUAGCGUUUUUUUCCUGUGAAUUAUCUUGUUUUUCACUUUUGUUUGUUGUGUAGGUAUUAGGGAAUUACGCUAGAAGUGGCUAGACAUAAAGGACUGAAUGCUCCAUUAUAUUUUGUUUCGUACUUUUUAAGUAUCACGUGUACAAAGUCCAAAUUAUUUAUUGAUUUUUUGAAAACUGAUCCCAGUUAGGUUGACUAAUAAAGUGUUGUUGAAUAAAAUAAUGUGAAAUGAAAAAAAA